UCCGCCUCCCACGCUCCGCCCGUCGAUCAAGAGCCUCUGAAGCCCCAACAGGUGUCUCUCCACGACGGGUCUGACGAUGCCAGCGGACGGCUGCCCGCAACCCGCGCGCCACUCCCGGCUGCCGCGGCUCUACUCCGCCUUGUUCUACGCCGGCAGCUCGUUUGUCAUCACCGUGGUGAACAAGACCGUGCUGACGAGCUUCAGGUUCCCCUCUUAUCUGUGCUUGGGAAUUGGCCAGAUGAUCGCCACCCUUGUUGUCCUUUAUGCUGCUAAAAUGAGCAAAGCAAUCCAGUUUCAGGAUUUUGACAGAACUAUUCCCUUAAAAAUUUUCCCCCUUCCUCUGCUCUAUGUUGGGAACCAUAUCACCGGACUGGCGAGCACAAAGAAACUCAGUUUACCCAUGUUUACAGUAUUAAGGAAAUUCGCCAUAUUGAUGACAAUGAUCUUGGAAGUAUUUAUUCUAAGGAAAACAUUCCCGAAGCGGCUGGUGUACAGCGUUGUGACCAUCGUCUUAGGUGCCAUGGUCGCUGCAAGUUCGGACCUGGCCUUCGAUGUGGAGGCCUACUCCUUCAUCCUGCUCAAUGAUGCCUUCACGGCUGCCAGCGGCGUGUACACCAAGAAGAAACUGGGCACCGAGGGCCUCGGGAAGUACGGGCUCUUGUUUUACAACGCCCUGCUCCUCGUCAUCCCCACGCUCUUGGCGAGCGCUUAUACUGGAGAUUUACACAAGGCGCUCGCGUUUGAGGACUGGGUUGAAGGCCCUUUUGUGUUUUGUUUCCUCACAUCCUGCUUCAUGGGCUUUGUGCUGAUGUACUCCAUCGUCCUGUGCAGCUAUUAUAACUCAGCACUUACUACAACAGUAGUCGGCGCAAUAAAGAAUGUGGCAGUAGCUUAUAUCGGCAUCUUUGUGGGCGGCGACUACCUGUUCUCCUGGACCAACUUCCUCGGCCUCAGCAUUUGCAUGUCAGGUGGACUGAUGUACUCGUAUCUCACCUUCAAACAAAUAUCCGAUGGAAGCGACGCCGAAGAAGGACAAGAGCUGAAGAUUCGCAUCGCAGAGGAUUCAACCGGGAAGCCCUCUGCUCACUAAACGGACAUGUUAGCACUCACCACCAGGUGGCAGUGUUCUGCUCCAUAUUGGAGAAUAAUUAUAGUCGUUUACACUUUUACAGCAAACGGACUGUACUUGUAUUGCGCUUUUCUAGUCUUCCAACCACUCGAAGCGCGUUCACGCCACAUGUCGUCAUUCACCGGCGACCAUGCAAGCUGCCUCCUGCCCGCCAGGACUGCCGAUCACUUUCGCGAUGUGCCCACACGACUUUGACUGGGGAUCGAACCGUCGAUCACGACGACCGCGCUCUACCACUUUAGGUUUUAUAUUUUAUAGGUAUUGAUGCAAUACUGUUUUUCAAAUUCACUUCUCAAUCAAGACGUUGAAUUUCUGGGUCCGGUUCGGUGAAUGUUUAUUGAAAACCAACAAUUGUAUGACAGUGUGGACAGCCUGUCAGAGAACCUGUACAUGUCUACCAAGCAGGGCCGCGCUACACAUGAGAACUGAUGGGGGGGGGGGGGGGGGUGUUAGCGGAGGGGGAAACUGAAAACUAAAAUGAAACUUCAAAGCUCUCCCGUAAAUUGUGCACACUCGAUAUUCUAAGAAACAUAAUGUGUGUAUACAUGUAUAUAUAUUAAAUGCCAUAAUCUUCUCAAACCACAAAAUUGACGACGGGUUAGAAAUGCUUCAAAAUAUACUAUAAUUGGGUAAAACAAGUCAUUUGGUGUUUUGAUUAUCAACAUUGCGCUUGACUUCCAGUUUUACCGUAACUCCACACGGGUAAUUUGUUUAUCAAAUAUCAGAGUGACCGGGCAGUUAUGAGAGGAUUCAUACAGUGUUGAAGGAAUUAGUGUUGCCGGAAAAAAAUGAACGAUCUGAAAAAGAAAGAAUCAUCCAGCACUACAAAAAAGAAACGCUGUGCCAUUUCCUUGGACACAAUCCUCAGUGAAUUGCAAGCUUAAUCCAAGCCUAAAUAUGGGGGGUAAGUGCAAAAUAGAAAAAUAAACUAUUUAUUUUAUAUAUUCUAAAUGGAUGUAAUGAUUUUUAAACUUUGUAGAUAUUUGUUGCCCUCCUAGUACCAGAAUGUUUUCCUUCUCAUGUCAAAAGACCUCAAGACUGUCAAAGAUCAACAAAAUGUGAGCCAGAAUAAAAAGAAUACAUUGAAAUAAAUAUCAUAAUUUAACCUUUCGAAAUGAGACGACAUAGAUGCACCACACUGCUAUGAUGCUAUGCCCGUAUCGCAACUGGUCUCACACCUUUUAAUAUAAAAGGGGAUUGAGAUCAUCCAUCGUUUAAAAAAAUAAUCUCCCAUCUGGUUAAAAGGUCUGCGUCGUCUUACCCAUGAUUCUUGUGUGAAUGGAAAACGGCUCUUAAAAUGGAAAUAUGG